UCUUGGGAAAUUCACUUUCACGUGUGGAAUUCACGAGCGCUGCAUAGUUGUAUUCGUCCUUCUUUGUUUCACACUUAAUCCUGCAAAGAAACAUGCCUACCACCGGUCAGCAAAGCGAAGAAUUCCAGCAAUUUCUUGACCAAAAUCAGUAUUCCAGCAAUAGCAUUCUGCGCUAUGAGAAAAUUUUUGGACGCGGGUUUGUUAGCACUGGGGGCCUCGAGACAACGCAGGAAAUUGUAGCAAUGCUUAGUUUAAAAAAAGGACAAAAAGUGCUUGACGUUGGUUGUGGAAUUGGAGGUUCUGGAUUUUACAUGGUGAAGGUUGUUCCAUAUUUUUGCACCGCAGUAAUAAAAGGUGUGCUGGCCAGCAGCAAUUCUGCAAGAUGGAAUAUUAAGGCUCCCCUGAUUCUACUUUCUACACAGGUUGAAUUUGUUGUUGCUGACAUAACAACUGCAGACUACGAACCAGAAUCUUUUGAUGUCAUCUAUAGCAGAGACACAAUUCUUCACAUCGAGGACAAGGAAACCCUCUUUAAGAACUUUUUGAAAUGGUUAAAACCAGAAGGGGAGCUUCUUAUUUCAGACUACUGUCGUGGCCCAAAAGAACUGUCUGAAACAAUGAAGGCAUACAUUGCCAAGCGACAUUAUCAUCUUCUGACACCUGCUGACUAUGGCAAGCUUCUAGAGAAAGCUGGUUUUGUUGAUGUAAAAGCAAUAGAUAAUACCAAGAGGUUCAUAGAAGUUCUCACCUCAGAGAGAGCAAGAUUUGAAUCGGAUAAGAACACUUUCCUGAAGGAUUUUAGCAAAGAGGAUUUCGAAUAUCUUGUUGAAGAUUGGGAGACAAAAAUAGUGCGAUGUGGCAAUGGAGAUCAGAAGUGGGGCCUUUUCCAUGCCAAGAAAUCUGCAUGAAAAAAGCAAUUAAUAUAUUAACUGUCAAAGAACAUUUUAUAACACUUGUUGGGAAUUCUACUGUUGUACUCUAAGUAGAAAUUGCCACUGAAUUUUAGUGAUGAACUAUCAAUCAUUUGCCUGUUAUUAUUUAUUAUUAGACAAACGCCGUACAUGCUUCAUGUACAAGGUCAGGAGUCCAUCACUGGCAAUGUAAUCAGUAAUUCAAAAUAAUCCUCAAAUAAAGCAGUAGUUUAUAUUUUUAUA